UUGAGUUCUUGUUUGUUACGUUGUUCCUUGUUUGGAUAAAUUGCUUUAUUCUUUCUUCUUUGGAGUAGGGUUUUUGGUGGAGUGGCAUGUCCAAGUCUCUUCUCCAAUGUAUUUAUCCUCCUGAAAGAUGCCAUUCUCUUUUAAAAUUUGGUAGGAUUUUCUUUCUUCUCUCAAAAAAGAAAAAAGGGCUUUUGGGUUUGUUCUUAGUCCUCUGGCUUUCAUUGAUUUUGAGGUGGUGGCAGCUUGCUAGGAGAUCCUUCUCUCUUCAUUUUUCGAUUCACCAUUCUCAAGGAGAUUCUGGGGUUGCAGAGAUGGAGACCGACACUAGUAAUAACCAAGAAUCAGGUGAAGUGGAGAAGAUGAGCAAAUCCCUGAAGAAAUUUCUGCUCAUAGUGAACAGUGCACUAUUAGCAACAGGCUGUUGCGUAGGUCCACUGGUCCAGCGUCUCUACUUCUUGAAAGGGGGUAAGAGUGUCUGGAUUUCUUGCUUUUUGGAAACAGCUGGUUGGCCGUUCAUCAUCUUUCCUCUCAUUGCUUCAUACUUCUUUCGUCGAAGGAAGAAUAGUUCCAUGACCAAGCUCUUCUAUAUAACCCCUCAUCUCUUUCUAGCCUGCGCUGUUAUUGGUGUUCUUACUGGCUUGGAUGAUUUUCUUGCUGCAUACGGUGUUUCUCUUCUACCUGUAUCCACUUAUUCUCUUAUCAUUGCUACCCAACUCGGCUUUACUGCUGCAUUUGCUUUUAUUUUGGUCAAGCAAAAGUUCACACCUUUUACUAUUAAUGCAAUUUUCUUAUUGACAAUUGGAGCUUUCAUCCUUGUCCUCCAUGCUAGUUCUGAUCGUCCUGCUCAUGAAACCAACAAACAAUACUUUAUUGGAUUCUUUAUGACACUUGGAGCUUCAGUGCUUUAUGGAUUUGUGCUGCCAUUGAUGGAGUUGACAUAUAAGAAAGCAAAGCAGACCAUCACUUACACUCUAGUUAUGGAGAUGCAGAUGGUUUUGUCUUUCUUUGCUUCUGCAUUCUGCGCCAUUGGGAUGCUUCUGCACAAGGAUUUUGCGGUUUUUCUCCUCUCUUUCUCUCUCUCUCUUAGGCAUAUACACAAACAUAAGCUUACAUAUAUAUUCAAGAACAAGUUCUCAUUCCUCUAAUUCAUAUUCUAUGCAGGCAAUUCCAAGAGAGGCAAGAGAGUUCGAGCUUGGGAAAGCAACAUAUUAUCUAGUGUUGAUUUGUACUGCAGUGUUUUGGUAAUUCUUCUUCCUGGGAGCAAUUGCUGUUGUUUUCUAUCAUUCAUCGUUGCUCUCAGGUAUUAUAAUUGCUGCCUUGCUGCCUGUGACAGAGAUAUUAGCUGUGUUGUUCUACCAUGAAAAAUUCCAUGCUGAGAAAGCGAUUUCUCUGGGUUUGUCUCUUUGGGGAUUCAUUUCUUACUUCUAUGGUGAGUUCCAGCAAAACAAGAAACUUAGAAUCAGGCUUCAAAAUUAGAAUCGCCUUAAUCAUGUGUUGAAUAAUAAGUUCUUCAUAUUGAGAAACAAUUGUUAGAUUGAUCAUGCCUUUCCUAUUUUUUGUAUAAGUAUAUGGAUUUUCUUCCAUAAUUGGGUUGAAUUCAUAUAUGCUAUCAUAUUAUUAACCAAUUUCUGCUCUUCAUAGUUUUAAUUUGUACUUCAAUCCUGCAACUGCCAUACGAUGUAAA